AUGAAUACCACGAUAUGGACCAUAAACCAGGAAUAUUCAAAUGACUUGAAAGUCAACAAAAUUAGUUUAGUCGCCGACAACGGCCGCGAACACCCGGAUGACCAUCAAUACACGGCUGCCCUCAGCUUCAGAGUCAAUAACUUGACACUAAUCGCACGGUUGAGGAAAUCUGAUGAAGUAUUUGAUUGGUUUGAAUUCGAUGGCAAACAUACAGUUCCCAUAAAUUCUUCGAGUCAUCCGUUUCUAGAAAAGAUAGACUACAAGAAUAUGACGACAAGUAAUUCGUAUCCAAUUGUCUUCACAUCCAGUGACACAUACUUCGAGACAUUGAUUCAAAGCAAAGACUUCAACAACUGUUCACUCAUUAGAUAUUCAAUAGAAUACAGCAAUAGUGCCUCAAAAGACCCGGACAUCUCUAUCAUGUAG